AACAACACAGUGCUAUAUAUAUAUAACACUGUCUCACCGUCUAAAGUGUUUCACAGUGAAUAGUGACAGUGUGAAGAUGGACAGUUUGAGCGGAUCAGCAGAACAACCAGAAGAGAGAAGAAUAGUGCUGUUGGGAUCACACACAGAUGCCAAAGUGUCCUGUGGAAACAUCAUCCUGGGGGAAAAGUUGUUUCUUGGAUCACCAUCAGCUCCACGCUUGUUUGAGAGACAGAAUGGAAGAAAACUGAAGAAGAACCUGAUUGUCAUAAACUCUCCUGACUUUCUUGAUCUUGCAUACUAUUCUGAGGAGAAAGACAUGAAGGAAUGUUUUCUCUUGGUUAAUCCUGGUCCUCAUGCCCUUCUGCUAGUCCUCAAGCCUGACACGUUCACAGAUCAAGAGAGAGACGCUCUCAAGCUCAUUGACAUCAUCUUUGGUUCAGGUGCAUCAGAAUUUGUGAUUGUCGUCUUCAUGCAUGAAGAUCAGAUGUCUGACAGAACUGAAUACUUCGACAAUAACCGCAGAGCCAUGGAGUCUUUACAGACCUGCAGACGACCCCCUCAUCACCUGAAGAAGAAUGGAGACCCAUCACAGGUGCAGAAUCUUCUAGAGAGCAUCGAGAAGAUGGUAAUUGACAAUGGAGGCUCUUACCUGGAGAUUUCCGAGGAAGUUGGGAAAACUAACAAAGUUCAAACAUCUAUGGGUAAAACAAGAGAUGACGGACAAGAAGGCCGUCGGCCCACCAUGAGAGACUUGAGGAUUGUUCUUCUGGGGAAGAAUGAAGAAGAAAACAUCAGAGUGCAAAAACUGAUUUCAGGAAGAAUAACUCUUGAGAGUGAACAGGAGGAGAGAAACAUCUCAGUCAUCAACUCUCAUCUGCUCCAGCCAAACCUCUCACUACAUCACAUCACACGGGCGGUGAGAGAGUGUGUGGAUCUCUCUCAACCAGGACCUCACGUCUUCAUUCUCGUACUGCAGCACAAUGACAUCAGUGAAGAGGACAGAUUCAGAGUAACAACUGUGCUGAAAGAAUUCAGUGAUCAGGCCAUGAAACACACAAUAGUGAUGACUACUGAUAAACCGUCAUACGCCUCAAAGUUGAGUUCAGUGGUAAUAAAUACAACUGUUCAUCAGUUGAUAAAGCAGUGUGGAGGAAGACAUCUUCAGUUUUCUCCUGAGACUGAAAAAUUCCGCUCUGAAAUAUUCAAAAGAGUGGAGAAGAUACUCAAAGGAAACACUGAAGAGUAUCUCAGGUGUAAAAUAUCUGAAGAAGAGGAACAAUCAGUGGAUGAAGAGCCGAGCAGAUCUGAAGAGAAAGACUCUGAUCAAAAACAAAGCAAUAAUCCCAAAAAAAAGAAAUCAAAGCUGAACUUGGUGCUGUGUGGACGAGAGACAACCUUACAUGUAUCAAACCUGAUAAGAGGGGGAAAGAAAAAACCUUCCAUGUCACAGGAGAGCAGGAGUAAAGUGUGUUUGAGCAGAGAGGUGGAGCUUCAUGGACGUCUGAUAAAUGUUGUGGAGCUUCCAUCUUUGUCUCAACUCUCAGAUGAAGAAGUGAUGCGUGAAACUUUCCAUUGUGUGUCUCUCUGUGAUCCUGGAGUUCAUGUGUUUCUCCUCAUAGUUCCUUCUGAACCACUGACUGAUGAAGACAAAAAAGAAAUUGAAGAAAUAGAAAAAAGGUUUCAGUCCAAAGAGCACUUCAUGGUAGUUGUAACUGAUGACACUGUUGAUGGAAAUUCUGCAAAUUCAUAUGCUGAAAAUCAGGAAUUGAAUAGUCUCUAUGGUGGACGAUACAAAGUGCUGGGGUUAAAGAAAGAUAAAAAAUCUAAACAGAUUCCAGAUCUACUGGAGUAUAUAGAGAACAUGAAGACUGAACCAUAUUCACUUCAGAUGUUUGUCAGAGCUCAAGAGAUGAGAGGAAGACGAGAAACUGAGAAGAAAUAUGAAGAAAAACUGAAGAAAAGUGAGGACAAAAUCAAGGAGUUACAAGAGAAAAAUCUGUCAAAGGGUGCUGAAGGUGAAGCCGAAGAUCUGAAGUGUUUGAGGAUUGUGUUGAUCGGGAGGACAGGAAAUGGAAAGAGUGCAACAGGAAACACAAUUCUGGGACAUCAGGGGUUUAAAACUCUGGCAGCAUCAGAUUCAGUGACGAGUGUUUGUGAGAAAGGAGUUGGUGAAGUUGAUGGUGGAUCAGUAGCUGUUGUUGAUACUCCAGGACUGUUUGACACAACACUGACAAAUGAACAAGUGAUUGAUGAACUAGUGAAAUGUGUGUCACUGUCAUCACCUGGACCUCAUGUCUUCAUCAUUGUGUUGAGUGUCAGUAGAUUCACUCGAGAGGAGUCAGACACUAUAGAUCUGAUAAAGAAAAUCUUUGGUUCAAAAGCUGCACAGUUCACUAUUGUUCUCUUCACUAGAGGAGAUGAUCUUCAGGGUGAAUCUAUAGAAGACUAUGUGAAGAGAAGUAACUCUGCAGAACUGAAGAAACUGAUCAGAGACUGUGGAAACAGAUUCCUGGUGUUUAAUAACAGAGAAACACACGACAGAAGUCAAGUGACUCGACUGAUAAACAUGAUAGAAGAGAUGAAAACAAUAAAACAGGGUCAAUAUUUCACUAACAGCAUGUUUGAAGAGGCAGAGAUGAGCAUUAAAAAGAGAAUGGAGGAAAUACUGAAAGAGAAAGAGAGAGAAAUUCAGACUCAAAGAGAGGAAUUAACAGACAAAUAUGAGAUGGAGAAAGAGAACAUGAUGAAGAGAUUAGAAGAAGAGAAGAGAAGAGCAGACGAGGAAAGAAUGAACAUGAUAAGUAAGUUUAAUAAACAGAAGGAAACUCUGAGAAAAGAGUUUGAGGAGAAAGAGAAAACAGAACAACAGAAACGAGAUCUUGAGAAACAGAAACAAAUAGAGGAAGAAAAACAUCAAAGAGCUGAACAUCUUCAGAAGAUAGAAGAGAUGAAGAGAGAGACUGAACAUCAGAGAUCACUUUAUGAACAACAGCAGAGAGAGAGAGAAGAGGAGGAUAGAAAGAGAGAAGAGAAAUACAGACAAGAUCAAGAGAAGAUGAAACAUGAACAAGAACAGAUUAUAACACAAUUACAAAAGAGACAAGAAGAAGAGAUUAGAAAGAGAGAAUCUGAGGAGCAGAAGAGACGUGAAGAAGAAGAGAGAGAGAGAGAAGAAUGGAGGAGAAGAAUAAAAGAAGCUGAAAAUGAGAGAAAAGAGACUCAAGAUGAAAUUGAAAGACAAGAGAGAGAAUGGGAGGAAGACAAGAAACGACAGAUGAGAGAACGAGAGGAAGAUGAGAGAAAGAGAAGAGAGAAACAUGAAGAACAACUGAGAGAAAAACAAGAAGAACUGGAGAAAAUGAGACAGAAGAUUGAGAAAGAGAGAGAAGACGAGAGACGACAGAGAGAUGAAGAGAGAGAGAAACUGAGACAAGAGAGAGAAGAGAAAGAGAGAGAGUAUGAGGAGAAGAAAAAUGAAAUGAUGAAACGUUAUGAGCAGCAAGAGAGAGAGAGAACAGAGAUGUGGGAGAGAAAACAACGAGAUGAUGAUGAGAAAAGAGAAGACGAGAGAAAGAGAUGGGAGAAAAGAAUUGAUGAUAUUAAAAGAGAGCAAGAAGAAAUGAUGGAGAAAAGAGAAACACAAGAGAGAAAGAGAAAAGAAAGAGAAGAGGAAGAGCAAGAAAAAAGGAAGGAAGAACAUGAGCAGAGAAUAAAAGAGAUGAAGAAGAAACAUGAAGAUGAAGCCAGAAAACAAGCAGAAGAGUUGAAUGAGUUCAAAAAGAAAAAUGAUCAUUUUAAUAAACUCAAAAAGCAUCUGGAAGAACUUAAAGACCAACAUAAAUUACUGGAGGAGUUCUAUAAACUCUUAAAUGACGAGAAUGUAGACAUAGAAAAGCUAAAAAAAAAGGUUGAAGAAUUAAAAAAUGAAUGGAGAUGUGUCAUUCUGUAAUAAAUCAUUGAACCAAUAAUGUGAAAUAUACAAAGCGAAAGUUUAAUCUAAACAGCACAGAAUUGUUCUGACCAACUUUGAUCACAUAGCUUCAUUCACAAAUUUUGAUCGGAGUAGAAAUUAUGCACUAUUGCAUUAUAACAAUUGAAGGUUGACAUUUUUUUCCUAAAUGUAUAUUGAUUUAAACAUUAAGUGCUGUUUAAUAGUCAUGACAUGGUAAUGAACAGGUUUUGGCACAUUUGAAGCAUCUUCUGGUGUAACAGUGUGGCUUAAAAUCUCAGCCCCGAUCUGCAGGCUACUACAAAAACAUCAUCAUUAAAACACUUAGUCAUCAUCAGUUAUGAACAUAACAGGACAUAUAAACUCACAAUCUUUUAUUUAAACUUACUGUAUGUUAUAUCAUGGUCUGUCUCAAUACUGGAUUCUGAUUGGCUGGAAGGUGUGCAUUAAAACCGUUUACUGCACAGGUAGUUCCAGUCAGUUUGAUCAACAUUUGAAAUGAUCUAAGGAAAAUACAGUAACUGUCAUUCUCACCUUAUGAGUUGCUUCACACCUGAUCAAAAAUACACUGUAAACAUCAAUUACAGCUUUACUUGACAAAUAACCGUGGUAUAAUCGACGGAUAGCUGUGCAUUAAAUAAUAAUCAUUUCAUUUAAUAAUGAUAAUUGGGUGGUUCUUGGCCUCCACAUCGUGCAUUAAAAUCCUUUAAUGCACGUCUAGCCAUGGAUUAUGCCUUACUUGAAACAGAAAUGGGAGAUUUGUGGUAGUAUAAGGAUUUUAGAUUCAAAGAGUCUUGGUUUUGUGGAAUAUUUAGUUUGAGGGCUAAAAUGAAUUCUUCUUAAAAAAUUUAUUAUUGUGCAGAUUUUUAUCCUACUCAAGAUAAUCAUGUUCUGUUAUUAAUGGUAUUGAAGACAUGCAUGAGUGUCAAAAUAAGUUAUGAAGUUAUGAGCUAUGAUAUAAUAAUGGAGAACAGAUAUUAUAGGAUUGGUUUAUUUUUGAUUUCUUCAUUUUUUGUUGGAAGAGUAUUUAUCAGAAAGUUUGUGGAUGUGAAAAGAGAAUUCUAAAAUUGUACGUUUAUUUGGGUGACUUCUCUUAUACAAAGAAUAAAGCUUUCUUCUAAAGGAACAAGACUAUUAAAGAAUCUCU